AUCUCAUGAUUGAAAUCAUCAAGAAAACCUCAUUCCCCGGCUGUUCUUCUCACCAAAAAUACUGGAAGAUGUUUGGUUCAAUAAAGCCAAAAGCCCCGUCUGCGAUGCAGCUUGGUAGCAGGGAACGGCAGACGCCAAGCAGGUAGAUCCUCUCACCCAGAACGAAGAGGACCUCUGCAGACUCUCAAGUACAUGCAACAACCCUGGUAAUUCCACCUUCUCCAUGGGCAGAUAAAACUUUCUAGGCACUGUGGGAGGACAGUGGACAGCGGAGGUAGGAGAGGAUGGAUUAAUGUCUGCAACCACCAGUGUGUCAUUCACACUCGUGCAUACAACAUUUACAUCUCUGCUAUUUAUCCUUCAUCAUUUCUCCAUCUCUUUCUCUAUCCAUCUUUCUCUCUGUCUGCCAUUCUAACUCCCCCAUAAAGAUUCCACAUCUUCUUGGCUUCGCUGUAACAUCCUGCAACUCGUUAUAGCGUCGGAGUGAGAUGGGUCGGUCUCCGUGCUGCGAGAAGGUGGGGUUGAAGAAGGGGCCGUGGACUCCGGAGGAGGACCAGAAGCUGCUCGCCUACAUCGAGAAGCACGGGAAUGGGAGCUGGCGAGCGCUGCCUGCCAAAGCCGGGCUGCAGAGGUGCGGGAAGAGCUGCAGGUUGAGGUGGACGAAUUACCUGCGACCUGACAUCAAGAGGGGAGAGUUCAGCCUGCAGGAGGAGCAGACCAUCAUUCAACUCCAUGCCCUCCUUGGAAACAGAUGGUCUGCGAUUGCCACCCACCUGCCCAAGAGAACAGACAACGAGAUCAAGAACUACUGGAACACCCACCUGAAGAAGCGGCUGGCUAAGAUGGGCAUCGAUCCCUGCACCCACAAGGCCAAGAGCGACACCCUCAGCUCCGGCGACGGACACCUCAAGAGCGUUGCCAACCUCAGCCACAUGGCCCAGUGGGAGAGCGCACGCCUGGAGGCCGAGGCGCGGCUCGCGAGGGAGUCGAAGUUCCGUGCGGCGUCCAAUUCCAUGAUUCUGCAGCAGCAACAGCAGCAGAAGGGAUCGUCGUCGUCGUCGUCCUCGACCAUCCCGCCGCCACCUGCUCCUCUCACCACCAAGGCCAGCGGACUCGACAUCCUCAGGGCAUGGCCGGGGGCUAACCAAGGCGACAGGAUCGACCUGGAGUCGCCCACUUCCACCUUGAGCUUCGCGGCAGCCGGCGUCGGGUUUGUGGACGCCGGCGCCGGCGCCGCAUCCGCCGCCAGCCAUCAAGGAGGCGUGAAUUUGGAGCCGGAGAGAGCGGAGUGGAGGAGCUUGGCGAAGGAUAGAGUGGACAGCUUCACAGGCUUCUCCAUGGAAGCCGCAUUUGACGGGGAGGCGCCAUGGCUGUCGGAGCCAUACUGGGGACAGUCCGGCGCAGGAUUCACCGGACUGCUCCUGGGUGACUCAGCGGCGCAGAAGGCCUCGGACUGCCGCGGUGAUUCAUACGCAAAUGGACCUGAGACCUGCGCCCAAGAGGAGGCAGAGGAAGAAGAAGAAGAAGAAGAGGAGGAGGAGGUGGAAUUGGAAGGAGAGGAGGAGAGCAAGAACUACUGGAACAGCAUCCUCAACUCGGUCAACUCCUCAUCCUCUUCCAACUCGCCACCACUGUUCUACGACUGAGCUCGCAGCGCAAGCUUUUCUACGUAAAAUGUUAACGCACGUCUACUGCAGCGGCGAUGGCGCUCUGCAACAAUAAGAAAGAAGUAUAAGAAUAAGAAUGGGUGGUGAUGUGAAUAUAUCGUCUUGCGAUCUCCUCUUCUCUUCUCUCCUUAGAUUUGUUGUCAUGGGAAUUGUAAUGUUUGAAGCACAUAUAUAAUAUAUUUGUAGU